AUGUUUAAUUUUAAUGGGCAAUCGAAGAGAAGAAAUAUUAACUUGAGUACAAAUAAUAGGGCGUCAAAAAAAGAGUUACUGGCCCAGGCUCAAAAGGAAAGAGAGAAAAGAGCCCUUGCAAAGAAAGAACAAAAUGCUAUAAUAAUAAUCCAGAAUGUAUUAAGAAAAGUCAGAGAUACGAGAUCGGUGUUAGACACUUGUUUAAAAUCUAAAGAUGAAACAAUAUUAGUUCAUCUAAUCCCUAUUUUCGGUAGAAGGCUACUGUCAUAUAUUAGUAAAGAUGAUCUGAAAUAUAUUUUAACUGUAUCAAAUAAUUAUAGUCUGAGCUAUAAAAAUUCGUUUUAUAAUAUUAAGCUACUAGAAAUAUUAGGUAGUUUCAGUGACGGUGACGAGGAAUUAAUAAUAGAAACCUUCAAUGAUCUGAAUCCAAGAUUUCCAGUGUCUGAAAUGUUCGUUUCGCAAGUAACUAAUAUGUUAUUAACAUCAUAUUCUACAAGUGAGGUCAUAUUUUUAUCUGUUAGCAAAUUUAUUAGAAAAUGGAAUAUAUUAUCAUCCCCGAACAGCUUGGACCUAUUUUGUCUUCACAGUGACAUCAGAAAAACAUCUGAUAACUUGAUGUCAUUUUAUAAACAUUUAGCACAAUAUGCUAUAUUUCCAUUACACAUUGUUGAUAAUCGUCAUUUAUUGAACAAUAUCUGCAUUCAAUAUAGUAAUGAAAGGGGUAACAGGUCUUUACAAUUGCUCAUUGCACAGUACUUAGAUUUAUCAACUUUUAAUGCAGCAGAUUAUAACGAUCUAAAGGAUAUUCAUAUCUUGUUUGAGAGCAAUUACAUAUCUCAACUUAUGGCUUACAUGGAUCUGGGAGCGAAUAAAUUUGAUGCAUUAAACACAAUUGUUAAUUAUGUUUCUCUAGCAAAAUGUUUCAAAACUGAAAACUCCAUUUUAAUUACAAUAUUAGCGAAAGAGAAUUUCGUAAGAUCAAUAUUUAACCAACUUAUUGAUAAUUCACAGAAUACAUUUGAAACUAAGGAGCCUAUUUUCAUAUUAUUCAUACAUUUAAUAGAGGUUUAUUUACUAAUAACUACAGACCAAGAAUUGCUUAAUAAUAGAAAAACUAUCACCAUAAAGGAAUUAAAACUGUUCUCUGCUAAACUAAGAGAUUAUGUUUUUGUUACUUUAUGGAACCCGAAACCUGAUACCGAUAGUAAACAGACUAUUGAUAUUUCAUUACAUUUACUAAGACAACUUUAUCUCAGAGAUACCAGAUUAAAAUUUUGUGCUACUAAUAAAGAUUUAAAGUUUUGGAAUUCAAAUGAUAAAGAAUUUUUACAAGUCAAUAUAUUUAAAUGCCUAGAGAUUUUUGAAAAGCUCUAUAGGGAAUAUAUUCUGACGCACUCACAAACUAGUGAUGAACAUAUGAUAGAUAAAGUUGCUGGGAUUUCAAGUGAUAUCAGUAUAAAUGUUUUCGAAAUUAUGAAGAAUGACUCAAGUAUCAACCUAAACGCCAGACAGUUUAAAAAAUUUGAAAUAUUAAUAAAGACACCAUUUUUUAUUUCCUUUGAGGAUCGAGUGGAUAUCUUUUAUACCUUUAUUGCUUUUGAUAAGCACAGAUUAAGCUUAGACUCAGAUUAUAAUAUAUCUAACAAUUUCUCUAUAUGGGAUACUGGAAAUGAACAAGGGGUGCCUACAGUUAGUAUUUCUAGAGAAAAUUUACUAGAAGACGCAUAUAAUGCUUACAAUAACGUAGGUGAACAAUUAAAGUCUAAGAUAUCAGUGAAUUUUGUAAAUGAGUUUGGACCUGAAGCUGGUAUAGAUGGAGGUGGUAUUUCGAAAGAACUGUUGACUAGUGUUACCGAAGAAGGGUUUAAUAGCGAUAAAUAUGGACUGUUUCGAACUAACGAUAACUAUGAACUUUAUCCAAAUCCAAAUGUGACACUGUCUAAAUUAAAUUUGAUAUUAUUUCUGGGUAAAAUUGUCGGUAAGUGUCUAUAUGAUAGAGUUCUUAUAGAUGUGAAAUUUACAGAAUUUUUCAUGAAAAAAAUUCUAAAUUACUCAAACAAACUUAUUUCAUCAUUUGAUGAUUUGUCAAGCUUGGAUAACGUUCUGUACCAAAAUUUAGUUAAGUUAUUGAAUAUGGAUUCAAAUGAAGUUGAAGCAUUAGAAUUGACUUUUGAAAUUGCAGAUGAAAACAAUCGACAAAAAGUUAUUGAAUUAGUUCCAAAUGGAUCAACUAAAAAAGUCACUAAGUCCAAUAUUUUACAGUAUAUUUUUGCCAUUGCUGAUCUCAAAUUAAACAGGCAACUAUAUCUUCCGUGUUUAUAUUUCAUGAAAGGCAUGAAUAUGAUUAUAGCACCUCAUUGGAUGGAGAUAUUUAAUCCAGUCGAACUUCAAAUGUUAAUAUCAGGUGGUGAUAGGGAUAUUGAUUUGGAAGAUCUACGUGAAAACACUAUAUAUGGAGGGUUUGAGCAAAAUGAUCGCACAAUCCAAGAUUUUUGGCAGACUUUGUCAGAUUUUGAACCAUCUGAAAGAGUGAAGUUCAUAAAAUUUGUGACCUCAGUGCCAAGGGGACCUUUACAAGGAUUUGGAUCACUAACCCCAAAAUUUGGUAUUAGAAAUUCUGGAACAGAUAAGGACAGACUUCCCACAGCAUCUACAUGUGUUAAUUUAUUGAAACUUCCAAAUUAUCAAGAUAAAGCACUACUAAAACAAAAAUUACUGUACGCAAUCAAUUCAGGAGCAAGAUUCGAUCUUUCUUAA